CUGGGCCAGAGCGUUGAACCGGGCCGAGACUGCGCCAUGCAGGAAACGCCAGCCACGCUGCCCACGGAGCCAGGCCCCAGCCCCGUGCCUGCCUUCCUCGGCAAGCUAUGGGCGCUGGUGGGCGACCCAGGCACCGACCACCUGAUCCGCUGGAGCCCGAGCGGGACCAGUUUCCUGGUAAGCGACCAGAGCCGCUUCGCCAAGGAAGUACUGCCCCAGUAUUUCAAGCACAGCAAUAUGGCGAGCUUUGUGCGCCAACUCAACAUGUACGGUUUUCGGAAGGUGGUGAGCAUAGAGCAGGGCGGCCUGUUGAGACCAGAGCGCGACCACGUCGAGUUCCAGCACCCGAGCUUCGUGCGCGGCCGGGAGCAGCUCCUGGAGCGCGUGCGGCGCAAGGUGCCAGCGCUGCGCGGUGACGACGGCCGCUGGCGCCCCGAGGACCUGGGCCGACUGCUGGGCGAGGUGCAGGCUUUGCGAGGAGUGCAGGAGAGCACCGAGGCGCGGCUGCGGGAGCUCAGGCAGCAGAACGAGAUCUUGUGGCGGGAGGUGGUGACUCUGCGGCAGAGCCAUGGUCAACAGCACCGGGUCAUCGGCAAGCUGAUCCAGUGCCUCUUUGGGCCACUUCAGGCGGGGCCCAGCAGCACAGGAGCCAAGAGAAAGCUAUCCCUGAUGCUGGAUGAGGGGAGCUCAUGCCCAACACCUGCCAAAUUCAACACCUGCCCUCUACCUGGUGCCCUCCUGCAAGACCCCUAUUUUAUCCAAUCGCCCCUCCCAGAGACUGCCUUGGGCCUCAGUACUCACAAGGCCAGGGGCCCCAUCAUCUCUGACAUCCCAGAAGACUCUCCAUCCCCUGAAGGGACCAGGCUUUCUCCCUCCAAUGGUGGCAGGAGGGAGAAGGGCCUGGCACUGCUCAAAGAAGAGCCGGCCAGUCCAGGGGGGGAUGGCGAGGCCGGGCUGGCCCUGGCCCCAAACGAGUGUGACUUCUGCGUGACAGCCCCCCCACAGCUGCCUGUGGCUGUGGUGCAGGCCAUCCUGGAAGGGAAAGGGAGCUUCAGCCCCGAAGGGCCCAGGAAUGCCCAACAGCCUGAACCAAGGGGCCCCAGGGAGGUACCUGACAGGGGGCCUCUGGGCCUGGAGAGGGGGGACCGGAGUCCAGAGAAUCUGCUGCCUCCAAUGAUGCUUCGGCACUCCCCUGAAGGUGUGGAGCCUGUAGGGCCCCUGGAUGUGCUGGGCCCCAGCUUCCAAGGGCGAGAAUGGACCCUGAUGGACUUGGACAUGGAGCUGUCCCUGAUGCAGCCCUUAGUUCCAGAGAGGGGUGACACUGAGCUGGCAGCCAAGGGAUUAAAUUCUCCAGGCCCAGGGAAAGACCCCACGCUCGGGGCCCCACUCCUGCUGGAUGUCCAGACGGCUUUGGGAGGCCCAGCCCUCGGUCUGCCUGGGGCCUUAACCAUUUACAGCACCCCUGAGAGCCGAGCUUACUUGGGCCCGGGGACCAGUCCCUCCCCCUGAGACCCACACGUGCGCCUCUGAAGCCAGUCUGGCAGAGGAACCGGUCCGCGGCAGUACACCUUUCUUGGCUUCCUGGCGCCCCCUGGCGGGGGGUUGAGUGAAGCCCCACUACUCGGCGGCCUCUCUCCACUAUCCCGACGAGCCCCGCAUAUAA